AUGGUGCGACACAAUAAUCAAUUACCAAACAAUCUCACGCAGCUGCAAAAUUUAAUAAAAAGAGACCCAGAUUCCUACAAAGAUGAGUUUCGACAGCAGCUUGCACAUUUUGAAACAACUCUCGAGAUAUUCAACUUGAAUCCUACGCAAUACAACAAGAAAUUAGACGAACAAGCAAUGUUUCUAGCGCAAGUAACACAAUGCUAUCAAAAUGAUAUGAAAAUGUUUCCACAGAAAAUAGUUGAUAUUCUCAAAGCUCACAACACCACAAUGAAUAAUGAAAUGCGAUUAUCACUAUGCAAGUGCUUAAUAUUGCUGAGGAAUAAAAACUUUAUUACGGCUUUCGAUUUAUUGGAACUAUUCUUUUCGCUCAUAAAAUGUCAGGACAAAAAUCUGAGGGAGUAUCUGAAGACGCAUAUUAUAUCUGAUAUAAAAAAUAUGAACAUGAAGCAUAAAGAUAUGAAAUUAAAUUCGACACUACAAAAUUUCAUAUACUCUAUGUUACGAGAUUCAAAUACUAAAACUGCAAAGCUGGCGAUCGACAUUUUGAUUGAAUUAUACCACAAAAACAUUUGGAACGACCACAAAACUGUUAACAUAAUUGCCGACGUGGGGUGUUUCUCUAAAGUCACCAAAGUAAUGGUUGCAUCUUUGAAGUUCUUUCUAAGCAGGGAAGAGGAAGAAAAAUCUGAUUCAGACAGUGAUGAUGAAGUAGACCCUCGAGAAACCAUGAUCGCAAACAAGUUUAACAAGAAAACUAGAAAGAGAGAGAAAAUGGUUGAAAAAGUAAAGAAAACAGCAAAGAAAUUAAAAAAGAAGAAAGAAAAAGCUCCUAUAUUUAAUUUCUCAGCUUUACAUUUGAUUAACAAUGCUCAAGGAUUUGCAGAAAAACUGUUUAAGCAAAUAGAAUCAUCAAAUGAGAGAUUUGAAGUUAAACUUAUGACACUGGAUGUAAUAUCUCGGUUGAUUGGCUUACAUCAAUUAUUUUUAUUCAAUUACUAUCCAUUCAUUGCUCGGCUGCUUAUGCCACAUCAAAGGGAAGUUACUCGGAUCCUACAAUUUGCAGCACAGGCUGCACAUGAACUAGUUCCACCUGAAGUCAUAGAACCAGUUAUGAAAGCUAUAGCCAAUAACUUCAUCACCGAAAGAAAUUCCACUGAUGUCAUGGCUGUGGGGCUCAAUGCUGUUCGAGAAAUUUGUGCCCGCUGUCCUUUAGCAAUAGGUGAAGAUUUAUUAAGAGAUUUAGUUCAAUACAAAUCAUAUAAAGAGAAAUCUGUUAUGAUGGCAGCCCGAUCACUUAUUCAAUUAUAUCGUCAAACUAUGCCUAACAUUUUACAUAAAAAAGACAGAGGCAGACCUUCUGAGGCAUCAGUUGAAUUAAAAGACAAGAAGUAUGGUGAAAUUGAUAUAAAAGAUUAUAUACCUGGCUCUGAAGUUCUACUUGAAAAGGAAGAAAUAAAAGAAAAGAAAAAAGUCCAGAAGAAAUCUAAGAGCAAAGACGAUUCUGAUGAUGAAUGGGUUGAUGUUGGCUCUUCAGAUUCGGAAAUUAAUAUCUCUGAUAGUGAUGAAGAUGAUGAAGGUGAACAAUCAGCCGAGGAAAGUGGUGAAGAAGCUGAAAGUGAUGAGGAAGUUGAAGAGGAUGAUAAAAAUGAAUCAAAUGAAUCAAUAGAUGAUAAAGAAGCCGACAAGUCUGCAACUGAAAAUGAAAAACCCAGAAAAAUUCUGAAAGCCAAAAGAACUAUCACCAAACAAGACAGAGAAGAAAAGAUCAAAGUGGCUCGUGAACUGGCUGCAGAAAAAAUAUUCACCGAUGAAGAUUUUAAACGUAUUGAAGCUGCGCAAAUCAAGAAAAUGGUUAGUGGCGUGAAACGUAAGUCAAAUAUAAUCGAAGAAGAAACUGAAUCCCCUGAACUAGUUCAGCUUUCUGCUAUCGAAAAUAUACACAAAAAGAGAAAGCACGAUAAAAGCGCAAGACUUGAAACUGUUCUCAAAGGAAGGGAAGAGAGAGCUAAGUUUGGUUACAAAGAUCGCAGGAAGGAUGAGAAUUGUUCAAAGACCAACAGGGAAAAGAGAAAAACAAAGUCCUAUCAAAUGGUGAAACACAAAGCAAGGGGCAAAGUUAAACGGUCAUUCAAAGAAAAACAAAUAGCUUUUAGAAAUUAUCUUAUAAAACAAAAGAAAAUGAAAUAA